AUGGGCUCCAACCACGGCAGGACCACCAAGCUGCCCUUGGUGCCACUCCCGAAGGGUUCGGUUCUACUCCCGGGAGUUACACUACGCAUCCCGGUCAUCAACCGCCCGGAUAUUUCGAAUCUUCUUUCCUCUCUACUGGACCGGACGGCCCCCUCCAAGCGCGAUGGCAAUACGAUCACGUUUGGUUGCGUUCCCCUUGGCUCUCCUUUCCUAAGCAAAGAUGGCCAGCACCUAAUCGACAACGGAAGUUUGGAUGACGAGAAGAAAGAAGAGUAUGAUUUAGUUGAAGCAAGUCAGGCUAGGAAGGAAGAUCUCUUUCGAUAUGGUACCGUUGGAAAGGUGAUUGGUGUUCAGCGCCGUGCUUACUCGGAGGCGUCGCUGGUGGUUCAAGGAGUCCAACGUUUCACUAUCAGACGGGUCACUAGAGAGAGACCUUUCUUCGAAGCAGAGGCAAUCCUUCUUGACGAUAAAGAUUCCGUCUCCAGCGAUGCAGAGACCACCGAACUUUUCCAGCAACUGAGACAGCUUUCGCGCGAACUUCUUACCCUACUACGCCUUUCGUCGCUAUUGCCUUCCCCAUCAACUCGCUUGUCGCCUCUCAUUGCUCGGAAAUUCGAGCUCUUCAUCUCCAAGACUGACCUCUCACAGGCCGGAAAACUGGCAGAUUUUAUGGCCGAUGUUGCUGACCCUGGAUUUGAGGAAAAACUUCGGAUUCUGGCGUCGUUGGACGUACGAACCCGACUGGAAAGGGUCGUCGAAAUUCUUGGAAAGCAUGUCCAGAAUAUCAAAAGUAGCGUCAAAGUUACCACCAUCUCGACGAACAGUUUUCCACCAGCAGGGUUUGAUAUCAACCAGAUCGACCCACGUGAUCGCGAGCUUCUGGCGAGACGGGCCAUGGCUGGCCUCACGGGCCUGACACCACCAGGAGCCAACGCAAGCGGGAGAAGCGGUGACAGUGAUGAUAAGGAGGCGAACGAAGUUGACGAACUUCAGCAGAAGCUACAGGAGGCGCAGCUUAGCCCAGAGGCUAGGAAAGUUGCCGAUAAAGAGCUGCGGCGCCUACGCAAGAUGAACCCGGCAAACGCGGAAUACGGUGUGUGCCGGACAUAUCUCGAAAACAUUGCGGAUAUCCCAUGGAUGAAAGUCACCGAGGAUCAGCUCGGGCCUGAGACUUUGAAGAGGGCUAGACAACAGUUGGACGAUGAUCACUACGGACUGGAGAAGAUUAAGAAGAGACUUCUUGAAUAUCUGGCUGUCCUGAGGCUCAAACAAUCCACCAACCAGGAGGUUGAACGUCAAAUUAUUAAAUUGACGAAAGAUCUCGAUGCGGCGGAUCAUGGAGACCUCGAAAAGGAUCUCCCCGCUCUAUCGGAGGCAGACCGCGUCGCCAUUGAAGCAAAGCUGCACCUUCUCAAAUCUAGAAAGAUGACUGACAAAUCUCCGAUCUUGUUACUUGUUGGGCCUCCUGGCACCGGAAAGACCAGUCUUGCAAGAUCUGUGGCCACCUCGCUUGGGCGCAAGUUCCACAGAAUCUCUCUUGGCGGUGUCAGAGACGAGGCUGAGAUUCGAGGCCACCGGAGAACUUACGUUGCCGCAAUGCCGGGGUUGAUUGUCAGCGGCCUGAAAAAAGUUGGCGUCGCGAACCCAGUAUUUUUACUGGACGAAAUUGACAAAGUUGGCGGUGCCAACUUCCAGGGCGACCCGUCCGCGGCAAUGCUGGAGGUUUUGGACCCUGAGCAGAACCAUUCGUUCUCCGAUCAUUACAUCAAUAUUCCUAUUGAUUUGAGUAAGGUUCUCUUCAUAGCCACCGCUAACUCUUUGGAUACUAUUCCUGCGCCAUUGCUUGACCGUAUGGAGACCAUUUCGUUGUCUGGCUACACGACUGUCGAGAAGCGACACAUAUCCAAGAGGCAUUUAAUUCCUAAGCAGGUGAGAUCCAAUGGGCUUUCGGAAGGCCAAGUCAUUCUUUCCGAUGAAGUGAUCGACAAAACUAUCACUUCGUACACACGUGAGUCCGGAGUACGCAAUCUAGAGCGUGAGCUUGGCUCGAUCUGUCGCUAUAAAGCUGUUCAAUAUGCAGAUGCUGGGGAUGCAGGCCACUCCGAUACGUACAACCCCAUUGUCACUAUGGAUGAUCUGGAGGAGAUUCUUGGAAUUGAGCGGUUCGAUGAGGAGAUUGCCGAGAAACACGGCCGUCCAGGUGUCGUCACCGGCCUUGUCGCCUAUUCCACCGGAGGCCAAGGCAGCAUCUUGUUCAUCGAGGUUGCGGAUAUGCCAGGAAACGGUCGUGUUCAACUUACUGGAAAGCUGGGAGACGUGCUGAAAGAGAGUGUAGAAGUGGCCCUCACGUGGGUUAAGGCACACUCGUACGAGCUCGGAUUGACUCCGGAUCCCAACGAAGAUAUCAUGAAGAGUCGCAGCCUGCACGUUCACUGUCCGUCAGGAGCCAUCCCGAAAGAUGGACCAUCUGCUGGACUUGCGCACACAAUUGGUUUGAUCUCGUUGUUCGCAGGCAAGGCUGUCCCUCCGCAUCUUGCAAUGACUGGUGAGGUGUCUCUUCGCGGCAGGGUACUGCCUGUCGGGGGGAUCAAAGAGAAGCUUAUUGGUGCACUGCGUGCUGGCGUGAAGACGGUCCUCUUACCGUACCAGAACCGGAAAGAUGUUAAGGAUGUCCCGCGAGAGGUCAGCGAUGGCCUCGAGAUUACCUACGUCAAGCAUAUCUGGGAGGCCAUCCAUCAAGUGUGGCCUGAUGCUCACUGGCCUGGUCAACACAAUAUGAACUUUGUUGAGAGCCGACUGUAA